AUGCCUGAGACUGUCGAAUCGCUGAUACGGGUUCUGCGUGAGCAAUGCUUGCAGGGUGGCUGCAAUGGCGUCAAAGCACUGAGCGUCGUCUUUCGUGCAAUGGACAUAGACUACUCCAAGCGAAUCGUGUACGACGAGUUGAGAGACGCUUUGCAGCGCUUUGGAAUCCAGAUGUCCGAGAAUUACCUCCGCACGUUGUUCGAUGCUCUCGACGUUAACAAGAGUGGCGGUAUUGACUUCAAGGAGUUCAUAAUGAUGCUGCGACCUCCUAUGAACCAUUAUAGAACAGACGUGAUCAAUGAGGCGUUUAACAGACUUGAUGUCAAUAAUAAUGGCGCAAUAUGCAUCGAAGAUUUAAAGGGUUGGUAUUGUAGUUACCAAGUGUUAGAAGUGAAAGAAAACCAUCCGUGUUAA